AUGAAGACGGUCGGCCGCUUGGGGUUGAAGUCGGAUCCCUUCAGCGACGUCUCGGGCACGGUCGUCGCCGUGAACGUCGCCGGGCGGUCCCUGGAAGUCGCAACGCGCAGCGUGAAGGCGUGGUCGCGAGAAAUCGCGUUCCGGCGAAUUCGGACGUUCACCAUCAGUAAUACUUCAAACUGGGCACGCAAACAAUCCCGAGGAGCCGGUCUUUUCCAGCGAAUGGACCGGUUCCGUCCAUAGCCUCCCUAAACACAGAGGUCAUUGAGACUCGGCGCCGCUCCCGGGCGCAAACAGCGAAAGAACGAGUUUCACGACCGCCGUGGCCUUCGUCGUGUGCACGAAGGCUCUUGCGGCUCCUUAAUGGUUCGCUGCCGUGCCGUGCCGUGCCUACCAUGCGAGGCAGCAGCAAUGACGCCUCUGGAGGCAGCGGAGAACUCGCCCGGGAAGGAUGUGGGCAUUUCGGAGAAAAGUGGAACAGAGCCUGCGAAAAGAACAAUCGCAAGCGGGACGGCAAAAGGGGCUGAUGGUGGGUCUCGAAGGCUGAGAGGAACUCGUCCCGCGAACGCGCGGUUGCGGCACCGCAACGGGAAGCCCUUGAGCCAUUUCCCCUUCCUGUUUGCUCCUCGCGCGCCAAAACUUCACGAAAACAAAGACCGCACGCACGAUACUUGGCCCAGUGCCAUUAUGUAAAAAAAAUUAGUAAAAACUACGAGCGCUAGAAUGAAAAAAUGUUUUAAUGCCGUUCAUUGAAUACAUGCAACGUUAAACGCACUAAGGUUUUGGUCGAAUCCUUCACAAAUAACACGUUCGUGACGAAGUAUGUCGGUUGUUUUAUGGAUCACGAUACGGUUCCUGAAGGAUCACUAAGUUAUGAGCGAACGUGUUAACGCAGUUACAAAGUACGUCCGGUCUAGUCCGUUUUACAUCCGCAAUUGUAAACGUGGUAGACGAUACUACAAGUAGUUUCUUCUUAGUGGUGGUAUUCGUAUGUACCUGUGCAUUUUUAAAGAGUUGUGUGGACUUCAAUGGCGGUAGGAAUAGAAUGCUGUAUCUCCAAAAUCGAAAAAAAUAGUGAUUGACUGUUACUUCUAUUUCUUUGUGCUAAACACUUACCAUGGAUGUUUUAAGAACAAUUAACGACGUUUUCGAGGCUGAGGUGUGAGUCUGCUUUGUUUAUUUUCUCUGAGAAGCAAAUCGUAGUAUUGAAAGAGAAUGCAAACACACCAAGAUUAUAUAAUGUCACUUCGACAAUUUUCUUACCUCCACAAAAGCGUAAACUGUGCAAAACAAAAGCCUCAUUUUCCGAAUUUUCAUCGAAAAUUGCACCUGUAAAUCCUGUUUGUUUCUUUCCUGUCCCUUAACGUACUCCAUGAAAUUGUAAAAUUUGCCACUGGCUCAUCCCAUUUUGUAAGAAGCGAUUUUUUUUCAUGAUAAGAUUUUUUUAAAAUUUUAUUUGAAUAACAUUUCUGUGGUCACGGGGUAAAAGUUCUUAAGUCAAUUUUUGGCGAAAUUGCGUUAAGUAGUAAAACGACAAGUUAAGUAUUCACAUUGCCUUUUAAUAAAACGACCUAAUUCAAAUGUUUCCUUAACGACAAAAAAGCGUAGGGAAUGGUUUUUGACUUAAGAACUUUUAGCCCGUGACCACAGAUUUGAGCUACGAAAGAAAUAUUUGUAUAUUUCAUUCGUGAAAUUUCUUUUUAAUCUACAUCCUUUUAGAAUAUAUUUUAGUUAUGAAAUAAUAAAUACGACAUGCUGUUGUUAUAUGGCGCAGUGAAAUUGACAUCUAUGACUAAAAUUAUUGUGAAAUGCUCAUUUGAUCCACCAGUGCUUAUAUAUCUUCUUUUUGUGUGUGAUGAGUACCGUUUGUGCUGACCUGUUUAGAAAUAAAAACAUUAUCCGGAUGCAUAAUUACAUCCUGAACAGGGAAGCAUUAGUGCUUUUUCCAUGCGGGAAGCACGCAACCGAGCAUCCUGUGGUAACUCGAGCUCCAAUGGGAGAGGUCCAUUUUGCAUGAAUCCCAUUAAGUGAAAGUUGUCGUGUCGGAAUGGCAUUGCGCUCGUAAUAUACCACCCGGCACUAGUUCCUUGACCCAACUGUGAUCAUUUCUUCACGUUGACACACUAUCCAAGUGCGUGCCCUUGUCGGCUUGUGAACCAUAUUCGGGGUGCAUUUUUCUACAUAAUUAUUUAAAGUUUGGUUAUGGAUUGGUGUUAGCAGAUAUUUCGAUAUUUUUUUUAAAUCGUAUGGGCUUUAUUUAUCUCGUGAAACAAGACGAAAUAGAGAUACGUGGAAACCAAAAACUUU